AUGUCUUCCCCUCUCUCUGCUGGAGAUGAUGAUAUCUUCGAGCGCUUGCAACAGCGCAAGGACCCGCAGGUCCUUGAAGAGCAGCAGCAGGCUGUGAAUGAGCGGAUGCAGGCAAUUCUACAAAAGGCCCAAUCUCGUCUUUCUGAAUUGCUCGACCAAAACUCUACAUUACCCUGCAACAUCUCGUCGGUUCGUUUCCAGAGCGCCCCCCAUACUCGUCGAAGCUUUCUUGAGCACAUCGUCAGCCCACUUCUUGGUGCAAACCGUGAUCAACCCUACACUCUUUCCGAGGCAUUGCGGGAAGUUUCGGCUACGGCAGACAAGCUUGGACGGUUCGAUCUAUUCCAACAGCCCAUCGCUGUUCACCUGGAUGAGUCGCCAAUAGACCCUACGACCGGACUGCGCAACAUCGAUGUUAUCCUCGCUACCCGAGAGAAGUCUCGCGUACUUUUGAAGACCGGAACCGACCUUGGAAAUGCAGAAGGCUCGGCCUAUGGUAACCUCUUAUGGCGCAACGUGCUAGGCGGUGCUGAGACUUUGAACCUUAACGCCUCAUUGGGAACGCGUACAAGAUCUGCCUACCAGGCUGCAUUUGAGACCCCCAUUUUCUGUGACCCGGAUUUCCGCUUGGAAGUUGGUGGUAUCGCAAGCUCUACCCAGAAGUCCUGGGCUAGCCACGAAGAAGUAGUCAAGGGCGGCUGGAGCAAGCUUCGAUGGCUCUCCCAAUCGGGCCACCGCCAUGAGUUGGGCUACAACGGAAUCUGGAGGCAGGUUACUGGACUUGCGGAGAACGCCUCCCCGACUGUCCGAGCCGAUGCUGGAGACAGUGUGAAGAGCAGCAUCUUUCACAGCUGGGUCAAUGACCAGCGUGACAACGCCAUGUUGCCCUCUCGCGGUUACUAUGCCAAGAUUUUCAAUGAAGUUGCCGGAUGGGGCCCAUUGAAGGGAGAUGUAUCAUUCUGGAAGUCCGAAAUCGAGACCCAGGGUAGUAUCCCGAUUCCCAUUCCUGGUGUCAAGGGUGAUAGUGGUAUUAGCCUUACCACGGGCUUCCGCGCGGGUCUUCUUUACCCUCUAGGACUGGAGACAAACUCGCAGCCCCAGCUCUCUCGUGUUAAUGAUCGUUUCUUGCUUGGUGGACCGACAGACGUUCGUGGAUUCCGUCUCUGCGGCCUGGGUCCUCGUGAGGGCUCUGAUUCCCUCGGUGGUGAUGUAUACGCUGCCGGAAGCGCUAACUUACUGUUCCCUCUCCCCAGGGUGGGAGCCGAGAAGCCGCUGCGCUUGCAAGCAUUCUUGAAUGGUGGUCGGCUGUUGCCGUUGCGCACCUCGCAGAAGACCCCCCCUUCAACCAGUGGCGAGGUGCAGGAUGCCAUGAUCUCAACCAUCUCUGACCUGCAAAACGGCUUGCCUAGCAUCUCGGCUGGUGUUGGUCUCGUGUACGCCCUUCCCGUGGCGCGGUUCGAGCUUAAUUUCUCUCUGCCGCUUGUUCUUCGCAAGGGUGAGGAGGGCCGAAAGGGCCUCCAGCUGGGAAUUGGCAUCAACUUCCUGUAG